AUGGGCGGAUGGAAGGGGCCGGGACUGCGCUGGGGAAGGGCAGGGCUAGAGGAACGGCGGGCGCCGGCCGAGAGGGGCGGCGGCGGCGGGGUCCCCGCGCCGCGGAGCCCGGACCGAGAGCCCCUUCCUCUGUCCCGCCGCCUGGUCCUGCCGCCCCGGGGCGCCGCCAUGACGCCCGACCUGCUCAACUUCAAGAAGGGAUGGAUGUCGAUCUUGGAUGAGCCUGGAGAGUGGAGGAAGCACUGGUUCGUGUUGACAGAUUCAAGCCUCAAGUAUUACAGAGACUCCACAGCGGAAGAGGCAGAUGAGCUGGACGGCGAGAUCGACCUGCGCUCCUGCACGGACGUCACCGAGUACGCGGUGCAGCGCAACUAUGGCUUCCAGAUCCAUACCAAGGAUGCUGUCUAUACCUUGUCGGCCAUGACCUCAGGUAUCCGGCGGAACUGGAUCGAGGCUCUGAGRAAGACUGUGCGUCCAACUUCAGCGCCAGAUGUCACCAAGCUCUCGGAGUGCAAUAAAGAGAACACGCUGCACGGCUAUGGCUCCCAGAAGGGCUCCCUGAAGGCUGGGGAGCAGCGGGCCGGCCCCCGGAAGGCGGAUGGGCCUCGGCAGGCCCUGGACUAUGUGGAGCUGUCCCCGUUGACUCAGGGCUCCCCGCAGCGGGCCCGCGCUCCCGACCGCCCGGCCAAGCAGGAGGAGCUGGAGCGGGACCUGGCCCAGCGCUCGGAGGAGCGCCGCAAGUGGUUUGAGGACAGCCGGGCCCCCGAGGUGCCCGCCGGCGAGGGGCCGCGCAGGAGCCUGGGCGCCCCGCUGACGGAGGACCAGCAGAGCCGGCUCAGCGAGGAGAUCGAGAAGAAGUGGCAGGAGCUGGAGAAGCUGCCCCUGCGGGACAACAAGCGGGUGCCGCUCACCGCCCUGCUCAACCAGAGCCGAGGCSAGCGCCGCGGGCCUCCGAGCGACAGCCAGGAGGCCCUGGAGAAGGAGGUCCAGUCUCUUCGAGCUCAGCUGGAGGCAUGGCGCCUCCGAGGGGAGACCCCUCAGAAUGCACGCAGAUCCCAGGAGGAUGGCCACGUCCCCCCAGGCUACAUCUCCCAGCUGGUGGGCAUGAUCACUGUGCCCAUUUUACAGACAAGGCCACUGAGCACUGAGAGGUUAUGUGACUUGCCCGAGGUCACCCGACCUGCAGGUGUCAGAGGUGGGAUUUGAGCCUGGGUCCAGCUGACUGCAGAGCCUGUGUGUGAGUCCCCGUGUGACACUCUGCACUUGGACCCCUCCCCUGCAUCACCCUGGGGAAGUGGGGAGCCAGUGGCCCUGGGAGUUGUUCCUUAAACACAGGGAAAGCCUGCCUGUGCCUUCCAAGGAGGUCUGCAGGACAYGGGCCUCCUUAGUGGCCCUCUGGGAGCACACUGUCCUCCCAGCACAGCGGCUCUCAACUGGGAGGGAUUUUUGUCCCCCAGGAAGAGUURGCUGUGUCUGGAAACUCUUGAUUUUCACAACUGGGACGGCUAGCUCUCCAGAAAGGUGUGUGUGUGUACACAUUUAUUAUAAAUAUUCCCCAUAUAAAGGAUGUUUUUAGUAUAUAACUUACAAAUAAAAAUGAUGUGAUACUAUUUAUUAUGAAUUCCAUAUGGCAGAUGGACUUGUCUCAGGGCUCCGGUGACUUCUCUUGCCGUGUCCACGUGUAGUUGUAAUGUGUGUGUUGAUGGAUAUGUGGUUUAUGCUAAUGAAUAAGAAGACAUACAUUGAAACUUGGUAAAUGUGAGCAGACUUCUUUCCUGAAUCAGAUAAUAGUUUCUACUGAGAAUAUUCUAUUAAGAAUAUUUUUCCAAUUUUUGGUUCUGUGUGCAUUCAAAGCUAUCGAUGACACAUUUCAGAGUCUAACCUGCAUCCUUUCCGCAUUCCUCGUCACUGGCUGAAAUCUGUAGUUGAUCCAUGAAGCAAUAACCUGAGCCCUGACUUGUGACGUGUACGGGUUUCCGGGGUGUAACACUCCCAUGUGGCCAGUGCCACGAGUCCAGCCCAAGUCCCUGGCAUCUUGGAGCGAGGGUCUGGGAGGAAACACGGCAGGAWAGGUAGCGCUUCCCCUUCUGGCAC